CUUGAACUUGGGACACACCGCUGUUCUCAACUCCGAGUGCCGGCUGAGCCGGAGAGUGUGAAGUCAGAUUCUAGGCGUGCGCAAGGGCGGCAGGCGGCACACUGGGCAUGAACUUGGAGGGCAGCAGCCGAGGUGGAGAGUUCAGCAUGAGCGCGGUGAGCUGCGGUAAUGGGAAACUCCGCCAGUGGCUGAUCGACCAAAUUGACAGCGGCAAGUACCCUGGGCUGGUGUGGGAAAACGAGGAGAAGAGCAUCUUCCGCAUCCCGUGGAAGCACGCAGGAAAACAGGACUACAACCGUGAAGAGGACGCCGCCCUCUUCAAGGCUUGGGCAUUAUUUAAAGGAAAAUUCCGAGAAGGCAUCGAUAAGCCAGACCCUCCUACCUGGAAGACACGAUUACGGUGUGCUUUGAACAAGAGCAAUGACUUUGAGGAACUAGUUGAGAGGAGCCAGCUGGAUAUUUCUGACCCAUACAAGGUGUACCGGAUUGUUCCAGAGGGAGCCAAGAAAGGAGCAAAGCAGCUUACUCUGGAAGACCCACAGAUGACCAUGGGCCACCCAUAUACCAUGACACCUUACACCUCACUCCCUGCCCAGCAGGUUCAUAACUACAUGGUACCACCCCAUGACAGAAGCUGGAGAGAUUAUGUCCCUGAACAGCCACACCCAGAAAUCCCAUAUCAAUGUCCUGUGACAUUUGGUGCUCGUGGCCACCAUUGGCAAGGCCCAACUUGUGAAAAUGGUUGCCAGGUGACAGGAACCUUUUAUGCUUGUGCCCCACCUGAAUCUCAGGCUCCUGGAAUCCCAAUAGAGCCAAGCAUAAGGUCUGCUGAAGCCCUGGCGCUCUCAGACUGUCGGCUGCACAUCUGCCUGUACUACCGAGAAAUCUUGGUGAAAGAACUAACCACUUCCAGCCCCGAAGGUUGCCGAAUUUCCCAUGGACAUACCUAUGAUGCUAGCAACCUGGACCAGGUCCUAUUCCCUUACCCAGAAGACAGUGGGCAGAGGAAGAACAUUGAAAAGCUGCUGAGUCACCUUGAGAGGGGUGUGGUCCUGUGGAUGGCCCCAGAUGGGCUUUAUGCCAAAAGAUUGUGCCAGAGCAGGAUCUACUGGGAUGGACCUCUGGCGCUGUGCAGUGAUCGACCUAACAAGUUGGAGAGAGACCAGACCUGCAAGCUCUUUGACACACAGCAGUUUCUGUCAGAGCUGCAGCCCUUUGCUCACCAUGGCCGGCCCCUGCCAAGAUUCCAGGUGACUCUGUGCUUUGGGGAGGAGUUUCCAGACCCCCAGAGGCAGAGGAAGCUCAUCACAGCCCACGUGGAACCUCUGCUAGCCAGACAGCUAUAUUAUUUUGCUCAACAAAACAGUGGACAUUUCCUGAGAGGCUAUGAUUUACCUGAGCACAUUAGCAGUCCUGAGGACUACCACAGAUCAAUCCGCCAUUCCUCCAUUCAGGAAUGAACAUUGUCAAAUAAUUUGUUUCAGUGUAAAUAUUUGGCUCUGCUGACAGUUCUCAGUUUCUUCUGAGGAAUUUAGAAGCAGAGGGGUCUCACUUCCACAGUGGAGGAAAAUGCAGCAAGAAGAUGUGCAGCAGCAUCUACAUCUGACUGAAAAUCAAGCUUCUUCCAGAAUAAAUGAUAAUUUCCCAGCAUGACAAGUAGAUUAUUCCAAUGUCUUAGUGAGUGCCAUCACAAAUAACUGUGAAAAUUGACCUACUAAUGUGUUUACAUUGACUUAAGUGCUUUUUUCAAUCUUGUGAAGAUUAGUUCUUUCUUAAAACAGAGAAACCUUGCUUUUCAGUAUUGAUCUUUGAAUCUGAUCAUGAGAACAGUUAAAUGUUCCAUUUCUCAGGGAAGUAAGGUCUGAAUAGGAGACUACUCUGUUCCCUGCCCCCCAAAUAUACUCAUAGAUAUAAGGGCCAUAGUUUUUGUCAGAAAGUUCAUUGAGUGAAAGGACCCCAGACUGAGGUCCUUAGCCUGAGGCUGGACUAUAGUGCCAGGAGUGAGCCUGGGUAUAUUCAGGGUAGUCUCUGCCCCUAAUACCACUGCUUCCUCCGUGGGUUUUUCUGGAAGACUGUAGAUGGAGUGUUACUAUUUUCUUGAGCCAAAAAUUAUUAGGGCUACUCUUGCAUGGCCUAUUUUAUCUGUCAUACAAUCUAAUAAUAACUAGUUAAGAGGAUUUCUUCUGUUACUUUGUGGGUUUUUUUGUCUCUGUCACAUUCUUUUGAAUUAUUGGUAAGACUUUUUCUUAAAGAACAACAACCUAACUACUAAUGGAUAUAUUUUUAAAGAUCUGUGACAUUUCCCCUCUUUUUGUUUGUUUUGUUGGGCUAUUGGUAGUACCAUGGCAACACUAAAGGGGAGGAGUCAGCAACUCAGGUUGAUGAGCUUUGUUAGGACACCCUGGCAGGCCUCAGCUGACUAUGCAGCUGCCACUCAGAGGGAGAUUUCUGCUUAUUUUGUAUAUUAGAUGCUUCCUCAUGCCAAUAAUAGUUUGAUCAGGCCUUAAAAUUACUGUGCUUUUUCCAAAUACAUUCUCUUAUAGCAUCCCAAAGAUAGCCAAUUGUUUCUGUAAAUUUGACCUCUUGUUUUCUUAUCUGUUUUGUUUAGAUUGUUGGCUCUAAGUUCAAGUACUUUUCUCCAACUACAAAACAAUCACUAUUACUUCCAGUCACAGCAAGAGGCAAUAGUUCUCAAAUACAUGCCACUCUUGUUCUAUCUUCAUUCUUUAGUUCAUCCCACAAGCACAUACUGAAUGCCUGCUAUAUCCCUCGUAUUAUAUAGGGCAAAACAUUUAUCAAGUUCCUUAAGUAUGAAGCAUUCAAAUGUUGUUGUGUUUUUUUACUCUUAAGAAAGGUUUUUUUUCUUAAGACUAAAAUAACACAUUUCAGAAAAAUGUAAGGAAUCUAGAAGAGGAAAAAUAAAUGAAAAGCAUCUCUUCUAUUUUUCCUAUCUUUAAAUCUUCUUCCCUAAAAGUCUCUACAAGAAUAACUCAGCUUAUUCCUUCAACACAUUUGUUUUCUAUAAAUACAUAUAAACUUUUAAAAAAAACUUUGA